UAAUAAGAUUCAUAACCUUCCUCCACGAGAUCGAGAGUCCUGAAGAGCUUCCAGUUGGUUCAGUCUUUGCACUCUUCAGACUCAUAAUCGCAUGUUUUCUGCUCUCUAUAGAUUUUGUCGGCGAGAAUUUUCCCACGGUGGGAAAAUAGGGAGGCGGUAAGGAGGAAGAAGAUGAAGCAGUGCUUCACCUUCUUCUUCUCUUCCUCUUGAUUCAUUUCAUGGCCUCCUCUUCUCAGCACCGCUGCGUUUUCGUUGGGAAUAUUCCUUAUGAUGCCACCGAGGAACAGCUCAUAGAAAUCUGCCAGGAGGUUGGCCCUGUUGUAUCCUUUAGGUUAGUUAUUGAUAGAGAGACUGGGAAACCAAAAGGUUAUGGAUUUUGUGAGUAUAAGGAUGAAGAGACAGCAUUAAGUGCUCGGCGUAAUCUUCAGGGGUACGAGAUCAAUGGCCGGCAAUUACGAGUUGAUUUUGCUGAAAAUGACAAGGGCACGGACAGAAAUCGUGAACAGGGUCGUGGUGGGCCUGGAGUGACUGCAAGUGUUGAUCCUCAAAAGCAAGUUGGAGGCCCAGCGGUUCAUGGUGAUUCUCUUCAUAAUCAGCCAAUUGGUCUCCAUAUAGCAAUAACAGCUGCAGCCGUUAUGGCAGGUGCUCUAGGUGAUCCUCAGGCUGUUCUGCAGUCAAAUCAAAAUAGUUUGCAGAAUCAGUCUGCAUUAGCCAAUGAUCCUUUGACACUCCAUCUAGCUAAAAUGUCUAGGAGUCAAUUGACUCAAAUCAUCUCGGAGGUCAAGGGAAUGGCUAUACAAAACAAGGAACUAGCUCAUAAGUUAUUUCUAGCGAGGCCACAGUUGCCAAAAGCUCUAUUUCAGGCACAAAUAAUGCUUGGAAUGGUGACCCCACAAAUGUUGCAGAAUGUCAGGCAAGCUUCUGGCCAGUCCUCACAACCUCUAUUCAGUUAUGGCCAACAGAUUCCAUUACCUGCUAUUCCAAAUAUUGCUGAUUUAGCCCCUCCUGAAAAUAGGUUGCAGUCUGGGUUGAUGCCCAAAAUGCAAGAUGGCUCUUUUUCAGCUGGGCCUCAGAAUUUAUUGGUUCAUAGCCAGUUUUCUUUACCCCGACAACAAAACAUGCAGCCCCGCAUGCAGCUUCCACAACAUGCAAACCACAAUGUUAUGCAACACGCCACACUGCUAGGGCAGGCUGGAAUUUCAGCACUUCCUCCUAUUCACCCGCAGUCCUCAAGCAGUUUGUCCAUUCGACCACAAGCUCAGGUUGCCAAACCUUCCAUAUCAAGCCAGAAAAUGCAACCUUCGUUGUUACAACACCCUGGUCAGGUCGGGCCUUCACAUUUGGGCCAUAAUGCUCAGAUGGUUCAUCAAAAUGCUACUCUACAGCACUCUCCUUUUUCCCGUCCUUUGUCUGAUGCCAUAUAUCAGCCUGGUACCUCAUUAUCUGUGGGUGUCUUAGAGUCGAUUAACAAAGAUGCUGAUAGACCUUCUCGAGUGGUCGCUGGUUCUUCAGAAUCAGUUUCUCGCCCUUCAAAACUAAUGAAGUUAGACGAUGGACGGAGCACUCCUUUGUUAGCAGGGGGUAUCAUUGUUUCAAGUGCCAAUGAAUCUGCAUUGCCCAAUGCUUUUGGAGCAGGAUUGUUGCCUGGAAAGUCUGUUCACAGAUCAGAAGGUGUCCACUCUGAGAAACAAAUUUCUGAGCCUCAGAUUCCACCUGAGGUAGACUCUGCUUUGUUGCAACAAGUUCUGAGCCUACCACCUGAAAAAUUGAACUUGUUGCCACCGGAACAGCGAGAAGAAGUCAUUAAGCUGCAGCAGAGGUUUCGGCAGAUGCAGCAAUCUUAGCAGACUGGGUCAUAAACCCGCUAAUUUAAUGCCAGCUAUUUGUUGCAUUUGGAGGCACUAACUCUAGCUUUCUACAACAAAUAGCGUAUUAUUCUUGUACCAAAGGAAGAAAAAAAAAACUCUGCUAUCUAUUCAAUCAAAUUUGAUUGCUUGUAACAUUAGUAUCACAUAAGAGUCAGAUCAAAGGAAUCUGCAGAGCAUGAGGUCUGAUUCAUGUAGUGUAUACAAGCUUGUUUCAGUGUAGUCGGUGAAUUAGUUAGUAUAGGAAAAUUUUGUUUAUUUCCUGUCGUAGCACUUGACAAGCUUCAUUGUAUGGCCUGAGGUAUAGAUGAAAGAAAGACGAUACUUUGCUUCAUUUGUUGUGUUGUCGUUGGUUUCAGCUUGUCCAGAUUGGUUGAAUUAUGUAUGUUUAUUUCCAUGUUUCAGAAUAAUGAGGGAUUGAUAGGUUCCCAAAUCUUCCUUGUAAUGUAUGAGACCUUUUUACUUGGCACACACUUCUCUAGUCUGCAA